CAGGUUGCAUUGGCAGACUAGAUCGUUAUAACAAACACAUAGUGUCGGAAUUAAUGUGCCAAGAAUUGAAGACUUCAAAAUCGCACAUAUAUUGGAAAAAUAUUAAAACGACCGGAGUAAAAUUUUUAUAGGGUGAAAAUGACUGCACACCUCUUUUUUAAGGAAAGGUUAAAAACUAGAACGGCAUAGGUAAAUAACCCCUCUCUAUACAGACUGUUUAUCAUGUACCGAAGAGUGACGUCCUUUCCAAAUUAAUGGGUUAAGCAUAGUGCAGUCGAACCAUAAAGAGGGUGAAUACUUAAACUGUAGACACUUGCUGCUGAGAGUGGAGACUCACACGCAUAUUCGGUAAAUGAUCAUAUUUUGCAAACUCUAUUAGUUUACGAUCCUUAUAACAAAGUCUUUAACACGAAGAUAUAUUAAUUAUGAUAAUAACAAUGAUUAUUAUGAUAAUGAAAACAAUGAUAAUCAUAAUGAAAAUGAUAAUAAUAUUCAUGAUAAUAAUGCAGAACACGUUAAUGUGUAAAUAUUCUGCUAAUCACAAUGCUUUAUGACAUACUGCUUGCAUGGGUUCAAAAUAAAUAGGUCAACAUCGAUGCCGCAUGUAUGUUCCUCAAGGUAGAGUUCAUACGCUUCAACAUUGAUAUCUUUAUCAUUUUAAUCGAAAUUUGCAUUUGACUUAUUUGUAGUGGGAUUUGUAGGAGAAUGUGGUACUUAAGGCGGCCGUGAUCGUUUUAAUCCUUGCUGUAGCAGUGGUGUAUUUCACAAAUAACCAAAAAAAAAAAAAAAAAACCACGCAUGAACAUAUCUUAUUUAAUUCUUCCUAUGACUGUACAUCAUUCGUAAGUCAAAUAUUCAUCAUCUAAAGUGAUACUUUGAUUAUUUGAAAAUAGACGAGAAAACUACUUGAAUUAAUCAUUUUUAUAGGAUAUUUGUUACAUUGUCAUUUAUGUGUUUUCUAAAUAUCGAUUUCAACAGGAUUGUGCUUGGGAGGGCUAUACGCUCCAUACGUUUUCGUGUGUACGAAAAACAAAACAGUGUAUAUGUAAUUUAAUGAAAACAUCAAUAAUAUAAGGGUUAUUUUCUCCACUGAUUUACAGUCGGAGGAGGUUCAGCGGGAUGUGUUCUUGCCAACAGACUCUCGGAGAACCCGGAAUGCUCUGUACUUAUCCUAGAAGCCGGUGGUUCCAAACUUGAAAAUGACAAUAUAAGUGUCCCAUUAGCCACUGCUUAUGUACAGCUAUCAAAAGAAGACUGAAUGUUUAGAAGUGUACCUCAGAAAAAAGCAUGUUUGGCAAUACGUGACAAAGUAGAUUUCUGUAUGUGCAUCAUCACACGUAUUUCUGAAUAUCAAAUUUUGAUAUGAAUAUAUUGACGGCUAUGAUAUAUUGUCUGUCAGUUGAUUUACAGUGUACGUUCCAGUCAAGAAUUUUACAUAUAUUGUACCAAUGUGAGACGCUCAGUAUCGUACAAUUGAUGUUUUUUGUUAUCGUUACAACGUCUGUCACGACACGGGACCUCCGUUUCCAUGGUCAUAUUAGAAAGAUUUAUGAUAUUUGUUUUAAUUCUGGGCGCAUGACCGCAAUGCAAUGGAAUAGGCAAUAUUUUCUUUUUGCAUGUUGCACUUGACUUCCUGAAAAUCAAUUCCGGGACCGAACGUCCGGUACUGGGACCUAACGUGCGGUUCGGGGAUCUAGAGUCCGAUUCUGAGACCUAACGUCCGGUUCUGGGACUUUACGUCAUGUUGCAAAGCGAAUGUCCUUGCCAGUAGAUGACCGUUAUGUAAUAUAAUUUUUGUUUUUAAAACAAAUUAAAUUGGAACUACUGUUUGAAUAUGUACAUGAACAUUUAUUUUCUUUUUAUUUGAGCGAAGUGCCUGGCCACGUGGAAGAGUCCUUGGAGGAUCUAGUAAUCUGAACUACAUGCAAUAUGUUCGUGGUAGUCGGCAUGACUACGAUAGUUGGGCAAGAGAGGUGUGUUCAGGAUGGAGCUAUGGAGACGUUCUCCCAUAUUGCAUUAAAUCAGAAGAUAUUCAGAUCCCGGAGCUUCAAAAAUCAGGAGUACGAUAAUGUGUUCGACUAGUUGACACUAAAGCUUUUCAAGCAAUUGGUGCCUUACCACAGGAUCCUUUAGAGGCAUACACUUCCCAGUGUAAUGAUUUGCCUCAAGAUUCAGAUGACUACUGGUUUUGCAGACUAAGGCAUUACACUUUCACAGUCUAUCACCCCACAUCGACUUGUCGAAUGGGAUCCAACGAUGAUUGCACAGCGGUGGUUGAUCCUGAACUCAGAGUUAGAGGAAUCCAAAAUCUACGGGUUGUCGAUGCUUCCGUCAUGCGCAACAUUCCUUCCGGAAAUACAAACGCUCCAACCAUAACGAUUGCAGACAAAGCGGCAGAUAUGAUAAGAAACAUAGAUAUUGUAAAAUCAAUUCGAGAGAAAACUGGACAAUUAUGAUAAAUGAAGAUGAUGUUGUACUACAUGAUGAUACUGGACGUAAAGUGAAAGAUCAUGAAUAUGAUCAGUGAUAUUGCUGAAAAGAAAAAAGACUACUGCAUAGUGUAAUCAAUAUCGUGACACCUACUGAAGUAUACUUCGUCCUUCUUAACAAAGGAAAUAACAUCAUCCGACUAAAGUAUACAUCUACAAUUAACCGAUUUUAAAAGAGUUUUGAAUCUUUACAGAACGCUGGUGAUUGUUGACAGAACAUUGAAAAUUGACUUUGUUGAAUAUUGAUCCUGCGACUACUGAUAUCUGUUCUAUAUGAUUUAUGGAAACCUACGGAGGGUGGAUAUUCGAACUGCAGAAACAGGCUGAAAGUGGAGACACGAAUGCACAUUCGUGGAAUUUUUAGGAGAAUAUUGUACUGAAGGCGGCCGUGAUGGUUUUAAUCCUUGCUGUAGCAGUGGUGUAUUUCACGAAGAAGCGAAACGACACAGAUGAACAAAUCUCACUAAAUUCUUCCUAUGACUACAUCAUAAUGGGAGCAGGUUCAGCGGGGUGUGUUCUUGCGAACAGACUGUCUGGGAAUCCGAAAUCCUCAGUAUUUAUCGUAGAAGCCGGUGGUUCCGAACUUGAAAAUAUCAAUAUAAGUAUCCCAUUAUCCUGCUCCAAUGUACAGCUAUCAAAGGAAGACUGGAUGUUUAGAAGCGUACCUCAGAAGAAGGCGUGUUUAGCCAUGCGUGACAAGCGAUGUGCCUGGCCACGUGGAAGAGUUCUUGGAGGAACAAGUAACUUGAACUUCAUGCAAUAUGUUCGAGGCAGUCGUCAUGACUACGAUGCUUGGGCAAGAGAGGGGUGUACAGGAUGGAGCUUUAGAGACGUUCUCCCAUAUUUCAUUAAAUCAGAAAAUAUUCAGAUUCCAGAGCUUCAAAAGUCAGAAUAUCAUGGAAAAGGAGGCUAUUUGUCCUUCAGUGACGGGACUGCCACGCCCCUCAAUAAGAAUGUAUAUGCCCGAGCAAUGGAGGAACUCGGAUAUCCCAUCACAGAUUGCAACGGGAAAUCACAAAUAGGUUAUUGCCCUUCUCAGGAAACAGUAAAGAAUGGAGAGCGUUGUAGUACUGUUAAAGCCUUUCUAAGACCCGUCAUGGGACGCAAAAACCUUCACGUAUCCACGAAUUCACAUGUUACAAAGAUUCUGAUCAACGACAAGAAGGCAGUGGGUGUUACGUUUGUGAAAGAUAACAGGAAGCACGUGAUCAUUGCAAACAAAGAAGUCAUAGUCUCUGCGGGAGCAGUUAGCUCACCCCAGAUCCUGAUGCUUUCUGGAAUAGGACCAAAAGAUCAUCUAAAAUCAAAUGGGAUUCCAGUGAUUGCUGAUCUGCCUGUUGGAAAUAAUUUACAGGACCAUAUAAUGACAUUCAUAGAUUUCCAUGACAAUUCCUCAAGCGUGGCGAACAUAGCUAUGGCUUCGUCACCCUUAACCAUUGUAAAAUAUUUAGCAACGAAGUCAGGUAGCUUGAGCAAGUCUCAUCUGGAGGGCACGGCGUUUCUCACGGACGACGAAAAGCUUCCACCUCAUUUACAGUUUCACUUCUACAGCUUUACUUACGGUCCAGAACUCACUCAACAAUUUAUAGAUAAUCUUAAUAUUGAUUUAAAGUUACAAGAAGGCAAGGAAAAGGAAUUUCAAGAGAGGGUUGACAAGAAUAUAGAAGCAUUUAUCAUGCUACCGAUUCUUCUCCAUCCCAAGAAUAAAGGGACCAUACGCCUUCAGAGUGAUGAUCCUUUUGAUCCGCCACUCAUAGAUCCAAACUACCUUGAUCACCCAGACGACAUCAAGACGUUCUUGAGGGGAGUACGAGAAGGUCUUCGUCUAGGUAACACUAAAGCUUUUCAAUCAAUUGGUGCCUCACCACAGGAUCCCUUGGAGGCAUACACUCCGCAGUGUAAUGACUUACAACAAGAUUCAGACGAGUACUGGCUUUGCAGACUAAGACAUUACACUUACACGGUCUAUCAUCCGACCUCCACUUGUCGAAUGGGAGCCAAAGAUGAUCCCACAGCAGUGGUUAAUCCUGAACUCAGAGUUAGAGGAAUCCAAAAUCUACGGGUUGUCGAUGCUUCCGUCAUGCGCAAUGUUCCUUCCGGAAAUACGAACGCUCCAACUAUAAUGAUUGCAGAAAAAGCAGCAGAUAUGAUAAGAAAUAUCGACAGUGUGAAAUCUAUUCGAGAGAAAACUGGAGAAUUAUAAUAAAUGAUGAUAAUCAA